UUGUUUUUUUAACAAUCACUUUCUAAACACCAUCAUGAUCCCAGUUAAAGCUGGUCUCUACAUUGGCUCUGUGUUAGAUCUUAAGGAUCCUGAAGCUCUAACCCUCAAAGGAAUCACUCACAUCCUCAGUGUAGACUCUGAACAACCACAGCUGUCUGGGUUUCACGCCAAAUAUGUCCAUGCACUGGACGACUCAUCCACAGACCUCCUUAGCAAGCUAGAGAGCUGCAUUGAAUUUAUCAGCGAUGCCCUAAAUGCAUCUUCCUCCUCUUCAGAACCACCAGCAUCCACAUCAUCUGUUCUUGUUCACUGUCAUGCAGGUCAGAGUCGGAGUGCUGCAAUCAUCACUGCUUAUUUAAUGAAGACACAGAAGCUGAGUGUACAGGAGGCAUAUUCCAAACUCCAGCACGUCAAACCAGAUGUCAAGAUGAAUGAGGAGUUUCUUAAUCAGUUGAUGCUUUAUGAAGCCAUGAACUGUCAGGUAGACACCAGCAGUGUCUUAUACAAGCAGUUCAGAUUGAAGAAGGUUACUGAGAAAUAUCCAGAGCUUCAAAAUCUUCCCAGAGAUGUAUUCGCAGUCGACCCUGCACAAAGCCACAGCACUGAGGCCAUCUACAGAUGCAGAAAGUGCAGACGCACACUGUUCCGCCAUUCCAGCAUCCUCACUCACUGUGUAGGCACUGGAGCGGCUGCUUUCACACAUAAGAGGGCAAGCGGAGGACAAAUUGCGGGUAAUCAGAACCAGUGCACGUCGUACUUCAUAGAGCCAGUGCAGUGGAUGGAGGAGGCACUACUCGGGGUCAUGGAUGGACAGCUCCUGUGUCCUAAGUGCAGCUCUAAGCUUGGUUCUUUUAACUGGUACGGGGAGCAGUGUUCGUGUGGCCGCUGGGUGACGCCUGCCUUCCAAAUGCACAAGAACAGAGUGGAUGAAAUCAAACACAUAAAUGUAGCAGCACUUAAAUGACACCAGCAAAUGGCCAAUCACACAAAUAAAGACAUAUACUGUUUAA